AUGAUCCAUUCUGAUCCACCACAUCAAGACGCUCGCCGUCAGCCCGCGACCUUUAGCAAACGUUCCAAGCGCGACCGCGAGGGAGAGAGCGCUCGCAUCUGCGCCACAGCGCAGCAGUUGCAGUUCCGCCCCACCCGCCACCUGUUUUCUUCCGCCUUGGCUAUGCGAAAAGCCAAGUCAAGUCAAGCCAAGCCACACCCGCCCAGUCGAGUCGCAGCAGUGCAGCCGGUACCAGCCGCUUCCCCCGUCCACUUGGCGCGCGCUCAGACGAACGAAAACCUUCGUGUCAGCCGUUGCCCGCCACUCGUCGCUUUUCCCACUUGGAGUCCCAGAGAAGCGCAAAAUUUCGUCUUUUGCCGAGUCACUCGCUCACUCGCUCCGUCCGUCGGUCGGUCGGUGCCUUGCCCGUUCCUUCCUCGCUCAUUCCUCAACUCGCCAGCUCGAGCCCAAGCAGCUGGAGCCGUGCGGCCGGUUCUGUGUCUGUCCCUCGUCCGACCUCAUUCCCUCGCUCGCCUCCCCCCCCCCGUUGUCAUGCCCGGUCCAUUCGUUGACGUCGUGGCCGUCGCGUCGCCCACAACAGCCGCCGCGCCGUUCAAAGACGUCCCGGGUGUCGUCCCCGUGCGGGAGGGACGGUCGCAGUCGCUCACGGCGCUGCCCCGCCGCGCCUCCACCGCCAGCGUGCUCACGGUCGAGCGCAGCGCCUCUGCCUUCCACCUGCAGCAGGACCAACAACAACAACAACACGCGCGGCAGACGCGACGCGCCCUCAGCUCCGCCACGAGCACGUCCUUGAGCCUCUUGCAAGAGGAACUGGGCUACCCCCGACGGGCGCAGGUCUCAGCCUACGACGGCGCGAGCUGCAGCCGUCGCCGGUCGUCAGUCGUCGACACGUCGUCGGCCGUCGCUCAGCCCAACGACGACGACAACGACGACGACCAUCGCCCGGUAGCAGCAGUAGCAGCAGGUGUGGGGGCGCUCUCUAGUCGCACGCUCUUCAGCUCGAGCGACGACGACGAUGGCGCGUCUGUGCCAUGGCAUGACCGGCCGUCGUCGUCCCUGGACCGAGACGGAGGCGACGAGGACGAGAACUUUAUGAACUACCGCCGCGCGUGCGUGACGGGCUACAGCCGCGACACGGACGGCGUCGUGUACUACGAAGUGAUUGUCAAGAGUCUCGCCCACGGGCCCUUGUCGGCGUACAAAGUGCGACGGCGGUACUCGGAGUUCCGUGCCUUGCACGUCGCUCUUCAGCGCGUCAUGGCCGUCUCGGCCGUCACGGCUCUGGCUCGGCUUCGGGACGACAGUAGCAAGAGUCAAGAGGACGAGGAGGAGGAGAAGGAGGAGGAGGAGGAGGAGAGGAGGAGGAAGACGAGACGGGACGCUACUAGUCGAGACAGGAGGGACGACGAGCCGACGUUGCCGCCGCUGCCGGACAAGGGCGGCGUGUGGAGCUACCUCCAGUUCGACAGCAUUCCGCUGUUGGAGCGGCGCGCCAAGUACUUCCACGCGAUGCUCGCGGCGGCCCAGCGGCAUCCAAAGGCUCGGGCGAGUCGCCUCUUGAACGACUUUGUCGGGACUCCGCCGGACCUCGUGUCCCUCUACUCGAGCGUCGAGAAUAGCUACGUGAGCUUGAACCGGUUUGCAGCGCCCAAGUUGAGCUUUGCCAUUGAGAUCCAAGAGAGGAAGGAGAAGGCCGAGAGCAUCCGACGGCGACGGAACUCGCUGCAUCGCCAGAGCUUUACGGGCUCGUUGGAUGCCAGUUUCCUCAGCUCGUGUCCCUCGCAUCCACGUGCCACGAAUGCAGUUGCGUCCACUGUCGGUCGAUCGUCUGCUGAGCAUUGGGACACCACCAAGCGCUUUCGUAGUGUGAUUCCAGUUCUUCAUAACCUCGUGUGA